AUGCCGCACGACCGGCACCGCCGUACAGGCCACCCUCCGCGGCGCGGGCGGCGGGGGCCUGGGCAGCAACCCCAGGACGCCAGGACGCCCCUGGCCCAGCCCCCGCACCGGCGUCCAACCCCCCGCCCCAGCAGGGAGCAGGAAACGGUGGUGAUGGACUCAGUAAACUUUAACGGUGGCCUACGUUUUCCUGGGGAUUUUGCUGAGGACAGUGAGCCCACCUCCCUGCCUCACCAUCCCAAGGCACAGAAAAGUGACCACCACGGCUACAGUGCUCCAAGCCUGUCCACCGACUCUGGAACCUGCUCCCUUGAGCCUUCCCAGAUGUAUGACCUUAGUGAAACCUUCAGGCCUGACAACAGGGACUUGUGUGAACUUGACAUGAAUGGCUUUUCAGAAGAAGAGCUGCUGAAUAUUACUUUCGAGGCAUGCGAUACUACAAGCCAAGGAGAGGUCCUGGCCUCCACUGUGGUGCAGUAUCUACAGGCCAUGACUGGCCACAGCCACUGCCAGGACAAGCUGACCGUUCUGCAGCGCAUGCUGGACCCUGAGGACCAGGACGCCCUCAUCAGCAGAGACAACUUCCACACCACCAUGAGGAAGUGGAUCGCUCAGUGUAGCCAAGACAGGUUAUCUGACGACAACUACCAGGCAUCAGGAUCAGAUCUGUGCAAAGCAGCUGGGAGUGGGACUGAAUACUCUUCUUUACUGACUGAAACCAUGUUCACCGACCGAGCUGAAUGUCACUGUGAAUCGAAUGAUUUGUUGGGCCUGGUGGCGGAGCUGAAGCACGCUCAGAACAGACUGAGUGGGCAGAACAGCAGCCUGUUGAAGACGGUGUCUCAGUGUGAGGAAGCGAACCUUCAGCUGAGUCUGGAGGUGUCAGAGCUGCGCAGCAAACUGGCCAGUGCUCAGCUGUGUGUAGUGCGAGCGCGCUCUCUGUCUGACGAGCUGGAUGAAGCCAGGAGAGCGCUGAGAGAAAACCAAGACAGAGCCACCAAAGCUCAGACCAACAGCCAUGCACUGAUGAAGGAGAGUGAACACCUGAAGGCCCAUAUCAAAGCAAUCGAAGAAAAGAAUGAAAAGCUGAUGUUUGAGCAGAGCUGUGCUGAAGACCGGCUGAACAAACUGAAACGGGCCAACACAGACAUGAAGGAAGAACUGGAUGAAACUCGGGUGUUACUGGCAGUGAAAGAGAGGGAAAUUACCAAGAAAAACAUUGCACUGCUGAAGCUGAAGGAUACAUAUCUUGAGCACCACAAAAUCAUUGAGGUUCUACAUUCUCUGCAUUCAUGUUGCACAUUGAUAAUACUGUGUUCAGCUCACACUGCUAGUCUGCAGUCUGACUUGAUGAGGUUACAAGAGCACUCACAGCAAGCGCUCUUGAGGUUUGAUAAGUGUGCUUUGGGCCCUCCUGGAAUGAAGAGAGCUGCCUUCCCUAACCAUUACUCACUACACCAUGAGAUAAUGGAGGCUCAGCCGCUGUUCAACUGA